CACUCAUUGACAGAGGAGGCAGUGUGUCCGCAGCAGCAGUGGAGACUCCAAGGUGCCAAACACACACACACACACACACACACACACACACACACACACACACACACACACACACACACACCCUCCGUCGCUCAGUCUGGAGGAGGAACUGAGCGAAAAGGAGCCGGAAAAACAGCCGGAAAAUUGGGAAAUAUCGAAACAAGGAAGUUGGAUUGGUGAGAAAAGUGAUUCCGCAGCAUGUUCAGCUGGGUGAAGCAGGAGCAAGGUGGACGCAACAAGGACGGAGAGAUGUACCAGACGGUGACCGAGGGUCUGCAGAGCCUCUACCUGAAGAAGCUGCUUCCUCUGGAGGAGACUUACCUCUUCCAUGACUUCCACUCCCCGGCUCUGGAGGCCGCCGACUUCCAGAGCAAACCCAUGGUGCUUCUGGUGGGCCAGUACUCCACCGGGAAAACCACCUUCAUCAGGUAUCUGUUGGAGCAGGAUUUCCCCGGGAUGCGGAUCGGUCCGGAGCCGACCACCGACGGCUUCAUCGCCGUGAUGUACGGUGAGAACGAGGGCGUCGUCCCCGGCAACGCUCUUGUGGUCGACCCCAACAAACCCUUCAGGAAGCUCAACGCGUUCGGAAACUCCUUCCUCAACAGGUUUAUCUGCUCUCAGAUGCCCAAUCAGGUUCUCCAGAGCAUCAGCAUCAUCGACACUCCUGGCAUCCUGUCUGGAGAGAAACAACGCAUCAGCAGAGGUUAUGACUUCACGGAGGUCUUGCGGUGGUUUGGAGAGCGCGUGGAUCGGAUCAUCCUGCUGUUCGACGCUCACAAACUGGACAUCUCUGACGAGUUCUCCGAAGCCAUCCGAGCCUUCAAAGGACAAGACGACAAGAUCCGGGUCGUCCUCAACAAGGCCGACCAGGUGGACACGCAGCAGCUCAUGAGGGUUUACGGCGCCCUCAUGUGGUCGCUGGGGAAAGUGAUCAAUACUCCGGAGGUGGUGAGAGUCUAUCUGGGAUCCUUCUGGGCCAAACCUCUGCAGAACACUGAGAACAGGCGUCUGUUUGAGGCGGAGUCUCAGGAUCUCUUUAAGGACAUCCAGAGUCUCCCGAGGAACGCGGCGCUGCGUAAACUGAACGACCUCAUCAAGAGGGCGCGGCUGGCCAAGGUGCACGCCUACAUCAUCAGCCACCUGAAGAAGGAGAUGCCGUCUCUGUUUGGGAGAGAGAAGAAGAAGGAGGAGCUGAUCAUGAGGCUGCCUGAGAUCUACACCCACCUGCAGAGAGAGCACCACAUCAGCCCCGGAGACUUCCCCAACGUCACCAAGAUGCAGGACAUGUUGCAGCACUACGACUUCAGUAAGUUCCCGUCUAUGAAAAUAAAACUCAUCGAGUCUGUGGACAAGAUGUUGGCCACGAAGAUCGCCGGCCUGAUGACGAUGAUCCGCGACGAAGAGUCCAAAGCGCCUCCGGUCCUCGUGUCGGGCGGCGCCUUCGAGGGCUCCCAGGACGGGCCGUUCGGUCACGGGUACGGAGAGGGAAUCUGCGCCGGAGCGGACGCGGAGGACUGGAUCGUGAGCCGCGAGAAGCACCGCUACGACGAGAUCUUCUACAUGCUGAUGCCCGUCAACGGCAAGAUCACCGGCGUCAACGCCAAGAAGGAGAUGAUGAACUCGCGGCUGCCCAACACGGUGCUGGGGAAGAUCUGGAAGCUGGCCGACUGCGACAAGGACGGCAUGUUGGACGACGAGGAGUUUGCGCUCGCUCAGCAUCUUAUGAAGGUCAAACUGGAGGGAUACGAGCUGCCCAGCGAGCUGCCUGAUCACCUGGUGCCGCCGUCACACCGCAAAAACCCCGACGCGGAGGCACUGUACAACAACAGUGAGGACUAGAGCGCGGAGAGGGAAACGGAAGAAGACUGACUGAGCUGAGAGGAAGUCCAAAUGUACAAAAUCACCAGCUGAUAUUCAGACUAACUAUCAGCCAACUGACAGAAGAGAUGGUCGAAUUCAAUGUUUAGGAUUUACUCACCGAGGAAUCCAAUCACCUGCUAAUCGCACAGUCAAAUGUAUAAACCAAUUAAUGGCGUUAGGAAGUCAAAACGAAAUAUAAGAUGUAUCUAUAUUGUACAAUUCAGCUGAUCUCAAUGCACCAAAGAGGAAAUAAGAUCAUGUAGACGUAUAUUUUACGAGUCUUUAUUGUGACACUUAACUUUCCCGCCCCUUAACGACUGAGUGAGCUGAGAGGAAGUCCAAAUGUACAAAAGCACCAGCUGAUCUUCAGACUAACAGGAGACACUAUCAGCAAGGUUUAGCAUUGACUCACCGAUGCAUCAACUCAGCUGCUAAUCACUCCUUUAAAGGUCCCAUGUCAUGCUUCUCUCUGUAUCGCCGACCCGGAAACCACACCGGUAAGCCAGCUCACUGAGCAGCGAGCCUCGCAACGUCCCGACCAAUCAGAGCACAGUGGG